AUUUACAGAUAUUUUUUUUGUUCGAAAAUAUUGAAACUACUUAUGUUGUAGCUCCCCCAAAAAACCAGUAAUUGACUGAAAUAAAAUUGUACACAGUCAUACGGACGGACAGAGAAAAAAAAUAAAACUAAACAUUUGUUGCUGUGGUGUGGAUAGUUUGCACAACUGAUAUUGCAGCAGCAACAGUAGCAACAGCAGCAGCUAUCACUAUGUCGACAACAUCAGCAUCAUGUGAUUGUUUGGUGGGGGUGCCAACUGGACCAACACUUGCCUCCACCUGUGGUGGCAGUGCUUUUAUGUUGUUUAUGGGUCUUUUGGAAGUAUUCAUACGUUCACAAUGUGAUCUUGAAGAUCCUUGUGGUCGUGCUAGUUCAAGGUUUCGCUCAGAGCCCGAUUAUGAGUACGACUUUAUAGUGAUUGGCGGUGGUUCAGCCGGUUCUGUAGCAGCCUCACGUUUAUCCGAAGUGGCACAAUGGAAGGUGUUAUUGAUUGAAGCCGGUGGCGAUGAACCAGUGGGUGCACAAAUUCCCUCCAUGUUUUUGAACUUUAUAGCCAGUGAUAUCGAUUGGAAGUACAAUACAGAACCGGAAAAAUCAGCGUGCUUAUCGUCUGAAGGUCAACGUUGCUAUUGGCCCAGAGGCAAAGUUUUAGGUGGCACCUCCGUGUUAAACGGCAUGAUGUAUAUUCGUGGUAAUCGUGAGGAUUAUGAUGAUUGGGCUGCUAUGGGUAAUCCGGGUUGGAGUUAUAAAGAAGUUUUACCAUUCUUUAAGAAAUCCGAAAAUAAUCUACAAGUUGAUGAAGUGGGCAGGGAUUUGCAUGGUACAGGCGGUUUGAUGCCGGUUUCAAAAUUCCCCUAUAAUCCUCCCUUGUCAUAUGCUAUUUUGAAGGCUGGCGAGGAAUUAGGUUUCAGCGUACACGAUUUGAAUGGUAAAAACUCCACCGGUUUCAUGAUUGCCCAGAUGACAUCCCGCAAUGGCAUACGCUAUAGUUCUGCUCGUUCCUUUUUGAGACCUGCUCGCCUGCGUAAUAAUCUUCAUAUUCUAUUAAAUACUACGGCUACCAAAGUUUUAAUCCAUCCCGGUACUAAGACCGUUUUAGGUGUUGAAGUCAUUGAUCAAUUUGGCAGUAUGCGCAAAAUUUUAGUUAAAAAGGAAGUCAUUGUCAGUGGUGGUGCUGUAAAUUCACCCCAGAUUUUGCUGUUGAGUGGUGUGGGUCCGAAAGAGGAUUUAAUGAAGGUUGGCGUUCGUCCCAUACACGAUUUGCCCGGCGUUGGUAAAAAUUUACACAACCACGUGGCCUAUUUCACAAAUUUCUUCAUCGAUGAUGCCGAUACUGCUCCUCUCAAUUGGGCUACUGCUAUGGAAUAUCUGCUAUUCCGUGAUGGCCUAAUGUCUGGUACUGGUAUUUCCGACGUUACAGCCAAAAUGGCUACAAGAUAUGCUGACAAACCCGGUGUGCCCGAUCUACAAUACUAUUUCGGUGGUUAUUUGGCCAGUUGUGCUCGUACUGGACAAGUGGGUGAACUUCUCUCAAAUAACUCACGUAGUAUACAAAUCUUCCCAGCGGUAUUGAAUCCCAAAUCUAGAGGUUAUAUUACCUUGGCCUCCAAUGAUCCUCUGGCACCACCACGCAUAUUCGCCAACUAUUUAACCGAUGAAAGAGAUGUUAAAGUUUUAAUAGAGGGUAUUAAAUUUGCCAUUAGAUUAUCACAGACCACACCCAUGAAACAGUAUGGCAUGCGUUUAGAUCGUACAGUUGUCGAGGGUUGUGAGAAAUUCACCUUUGGUUCGGAUGACUAUUGGGAAUGUGCGGUUAGACAAAAUACUGGUCCCGAAAAUCAUCAAGCUGGUUCGUGUAAAAUGGGUCCGGGACGCGAUCCAAUGGCUGUAGUUGAUCAUGAAUUGAGAGUGCAUGGCAUUAGAGGCUUAAGAGUAAUGGAUACCAGUAUAAUGCCCAAGGUAACAGCUGGCAAUACACAUGCACCUGCUGUAAUGAUAGCCGAAAAGGGUGUUUAUAUGAUUAAACGUGCCUGGGGCGCCAAAGUUUGACGAUUGGACGCAACAUGGACACUGCAUAGAGUAAUUUAAAUUAAUACAACAAACAAACAAAAAUACUUAAAAAUUAUACAGAAAAAUCUUUAAAUUUAAGUUGAGAUUCCAUAUUGUAAUAUUGAAAACAAAAUUUGAUUGCGUGAAUUUUUUCAUUUUUUUCCUAAAUUUCCAAUUACCCUUCCCGGUUUUAUGAUUAUUUUCUUCACCUUUUCGGAACUAAUCACACUCUUUGCCUAGUAGUUCACUGUUGCACUUUACUUUUUUAAAUAAACUUAGAUAUUUUUAUUCCUUAUAUGACAACUAGCUGUUUAUUAAACUAUCCCCGCUUUCAGAUUUAUCAGGCAUGGAAAAUUAACAUUUUAAAAUGGUACUAACUUUUUCGAAAACGGUACUUUUUUAUGAUUAAAAGCAUUGUUUAUAUCCUCUAGUUAAAUUUUGAACUAGUUUAAUAACUAGUCUAUGGAUUAGUCUUUGGACAAGCCUAGUUUAUGGACCAUUCUAUGGGCUAGUAUAUUGAUAAGUUUAUGGACUAGUAAACUGCCUAGACUAGGAUAUGUGCUAGUCCAUUGACUAGCUAGUCAUGGAUAAGUCUACAUUUGAAGGAAUAUGGACUAGUUUAAUGACUACUCUAGUCUGUGGAUAAUUCUAUUGACUAUUCUAUCGAUAAGUUUAUAGACUAGUCUACAAACUAGUUAAUUGACAACUUCAUAGACUAGUCUAUUUUGCAACGAAUUUAAACUAGUUUAAUGAGAAGUCUAUAGACUAGUCCAAUGUCCAUACUAUGUACUAGGCUAUGUGCUAGUCUAUUAAACAGUCUAUGGACUAUUCUAUUGACAAAUUUUGUGGAGGAGUCAAACUGUCUAGACUAUGGAUUAGGCUAUGUGGUCUAUAAACUAGUUUAUUGACAAGUUCACGGAUUAGUCUAUUGACCUUCAACAGAUUAUUGAUUAAUUUAUGAACUAAUAUGUUUCAACUGUCAAAAAGUACCAAAAAAAUAAUGUAAAAUAAUAUUUAAUUUUCCAUCCCUGAUGUCACAAACCUUUGAUGUGGCAAUGCUGCAUGUUUUUUUUUCUUUAAGUGCUCUUUAAUUAUGAUCUAUUAUUUAAUUAAUUAUUUAAACCUAUUAAACUAUAAUUAAAACAAUUCACAAAUCAA